AUGAGCCUCUCCUCCAGCCUCAGCGACGCGCUGUCCGCCAUCGCCGCACCCACCUCCGACGACCCGAUCCUCCAAUGCAGCGACGACCUCCAAACCCUCCUUUUUGACGAGACCGAAAAAGCUCUCGAGCUCGCCGACAGGAAACUGCGCGUAUUCCCAUUUAAAGACGUGCACAACAGCUGGCGACGGUUGUACACCGACGCGUCUGUCGUGAAAGCAUGUCUCGUCAUCAUCCGCAACUACGACCUGAACCCCCAGGCCCCGCAAGCUGCAGGAAACAAACUUGACGUGCCAAAGCUUAUUCAAGAAGUCAAGAAGGCAAAGACGGACAUUCAAAUUAUCUCGCAUUCCUCAUGGAUCUCAGAUGUCAUUCACGUCCUGGACAAGGCCUUGCUUAUGACCGGGGGGUUGCUCCGAGAGAAGCUCAUUGAGACCUUGCUAUCCACGCUGCAGGCGGCCACCUAUGACACCGAAGACCCAGACAACUCUGAUGAUGAGACCGCUAAACCCCCUACUAAGCGCCGAAAGAUCUCGCAGCCUCUUUUCCCUCCCGAAUCCGUCCCCGGGCCCCGCCUGAAGCACCCUGUCGAGCGCGUGUCGGCGCCGUCCUUCGAUGCCAUGCAGAACCACAUUUCAGAUAUCCGUACGCCGCUCGUGAUCACAGAUGCAGUGGAUCACUGGCCGGCCAUGUCGACGCGACCCUGGAAUUCCCGUGACUACUGGUUUGAUCGCACGUUCAACGGCCGCAGGCUCGUUCCCGUGGAGGUCGGCAGAUCCUACACAGACGAGGGAUGGGGCCAAAAACUCAUGGAGUUUAAAGACUUCAUCAACGGGUACAUAUGGCGAGGAAAAUUGGACUUGGGUCUUCCGCGGCGGCAAGGCGAGUUGGGUGCGACCGAGGAAGAUGAGGACACGGGGUACAUGGCGCAGCAUGACCUCCUCUCUCAGAUUCCUGCUCUGCGCAACGAUAUUGGCAUCCCCGACUGCUGUUACAUCGAUCCUCCUGGCCCGGAACCCGGCACGCCUGUGUAUCUGGCGAAGCAACGAGAGCGCGAAGCAGCUAGGGCACAGAUGACGGAGGAAAUAGCGGGCUUGAAAUCGAAGCAGUCAUCAACACCAACUGAUCCGGACGACAAUCAUGCGUCAGAGUCGGCGUCCUUGAUGGAGCUUCCCAUCGACCCGAUCGUCAAUACCUGGAUCGGCCCUUCGUGGACCAUCUCCCCUCUCCACCACGACCAAUACCACAACAUACUCGUGCAGGUGGUGGGCACCAAGUACAUCCGCCUCUACUCCCCCCACACGCCAGCUUCCCAGAUCCACCCACGCGGACAGGAAUGGGUGGCUUCGAAACAUGAGUCUGACGAGGGGUCUCCGUCCGAGGACGAACCCGCGAAGAGACUCAUCGACAUGUCGAACACCUCCAAGGUCGACAUCGCGGCCAUUGAACUCUCCCCCGCGGAAGAGGAUCAGUGGGAUGCGAUGUGGCCUGGUUUUAUGCAGGCCGAGUAUGUUGAGACUGUGCUGCACGAGGGCGAGUCUUUGUACAUUCCGGUGGGAUGGUGGCACUAUGUUCGGGGGCUGCGGGCUGGUAUUAGUGUUAGCUUCUGGUGGGGUUGA